UUAAUUUAUAUUGUGCCAAUAAUGUGUAAGCAUUUACAACAUAUUCUUGAACGUUGGGGUUGAACGAACCAGUCUGGGGGUGAAACGAAUCGAGGGGGUGGAAAAAGGGGUUGGAGGAAAGGGGAAUCUUUGAGGGUGGUAAAGUAUUCGUCAGUCGUGUGACGCGUUUCCCGCCGACAACAUCAGUUAUUGCCAAUAGAUUAAACCGCAACCGCAUUUUCAGUUUCCACGUGUUCCUCGCAUGUGUCUUAUAUGAUCUGACUGCUAUUGGCUAUUGUAGUUCCGCGGCAACCUGUAUUAUCGAUCGAACGUUGCUUUGCGUACGUUGCCGCAGUUACUCGUGGCACCGCCACUACAUCGCACGUACUGCACAAUCGUCUUCGUAUUAAUGUAACAUCGUGUGCCGAUUGGGAUUCAAUUUACAAUUUCUUUUGCGCAUUGCAGUCACAAUCAUAAUUGAUUAAUUAUAACAAUAUUAUUGUAUUAACGUUUCUUAUAUGUUUUGUGUUAAAAUUACCGUCCAACCGCCAUGUUCUAUUUCAAAUUGUAUAUUUCGCGCAUUAGUGAAAAAGUUAAUUAUUUAUUUGAGUUAACUGUUGACACAAGAAAAUAAAUCUAUGCAUCGCGAAUUGUUUAGUGCAAUUUUUUAUAGAUUUGUGUUCAAAAAAAAUUGUGUCAUAAGAAUACUUUGAACUUGCUUCUAUUUUUGGCGAUCAUCGAUCGAUUUUGAAACUGUUUUAUCGAUGUUUUGUAUUCUUGAUUGACUACUCAUGUGGCGCCAAAACGGAAAAUAAAGAUAUACUUUUGCUACCACGCCAUAAAAAGUAAAUUAAAUUCAAAACUCAUUUUUUCAAAAUAGUUAAAUGUAGUGUAUAUAAUAAUUUAAUUACUAUGAUAUUCGUGAUAAGAUCUUUUUAAAUUACAAAACCUAUCUGUGCUUCUAUAAUGGUGUAUCUCUAUAAGUGAUUUUGUUAAAAUGUGAAUAUUGUGAAUAUAAGUUUUUAUAAGAUUAUGGUGUUAUGGCUAAUAUUAUUCGUAUUUAAUAUCUUCAUUACUUUAUUGAAUUCUCAUCUAUGGAUUACUACUUCAGUAUCAUUAUAUUCAAAUUAUAGAAGGAAACAGACGAAAGAGGGUGGAAUGAGGAGAUUUAUCCGGUGACCUCGUGCCACACGUGGUAAUGCUACUGGCAAGCGGUGCUUCGAUACCGACCAUCGCCGGUACUGUUGAGGAGGAGGAAGAAUAUGCACGUAGCGAGGCGAACAGCGCACACUACGAUGGCUAUGUUACCGAUCAUACCGAUCUUGCUUCCGAAAUUGAUAUUGAUGAAUCUGAAUACAGACGGGAGCUUCUCAAUGAUAAAUGGCGAAUGCUAUUCGAUAAGUUUGAUCCCGAAGGUUUUGGCGAGAUACCGGUGGAGGAUUUUUUAGCAGCUUUAAAGAGUCCCGAAUGGAAAACUGAAAUACCGCCAAAUAAACGAGAUAUACUUCUCACUAGGACAAAAGAAUCACGUGUUGAAGCAGUGACGUUUCAGGAUUUCGUCAAUGUGGAAAGGGAAUACGAUGAAAAACUGGUAGAUAAAUAUCGGGAACAAUGAUAAUCUUACCAUUUAAAGGCACACAACGACAUGGACACAAUCUCUUUGUCUGCUGACUGACAACUUUUUGGCGGUUUUCUCCUACUUCCUUUUUUUCUCCUUGAUCCCCAAUUGAGGUAAGCAGAUCUGACAUUGAGUGGCAGAAAAUUGUCCGCGUACAAACUGAAAUGAUUCAAAUCGUAGGUUAAACAAUGCGUAAAGAGAUUUCUCGGUGAAACCGCAUUCUAUAAAACUGGUAUUGAGAUUUUACCUAUCAUAUCCGUGUUUUCCGAAAUUAUCUCAACUGUAGUUGUAUAUUUUCUUCGAUAAAACCGAUAAUUGAAUCUGUGGAUAUUUCAUAUUUUUUGUUCAUUUUUUUUUCGUUGCUUUUUAUUUUUUUCUUAUUGUUUCAUUUUACUUGAUUUUUGUUUUUUUUUUUUGCCUUUAUUGAAGUAACUACGCCAGUAUGUAUACUUCACUGCUUUAUUUUUAACGAUGCUUUCUUCCAUUUUCCCUGAAAUCUUGGAUAUUCGUGAAUUAUGAAAUAGAUGGAUGAGAACAAGUUGCGUGAAAUAUUUGAUG